AUGAUCCAAUACGACCUGUCCAUUGCGGAAAAUCGAUGUAUCCAAGAAGAGACUACAAGUCUUGUUCGGACUUUCCUCCAUGAGAAGUUGGAGCCCUCCCACCUGUCCUACAACAAGGAUAUCGCGGGCGAACCAGGUCUACUGUCUGCGCUGUCCAAUCUUUUCAACGCAUAUUUUCAGCCUAGCGAGGAGGUUCGGCCGUGUCACGUAGCCCUCGCCGCAGGAGCAUCAAUCUGCUUAACCACUCUCAUUCGGACUCUCUGCAAUACUGGAGACGGAGUUUUGAUCCCAACGCCCUACUGGAAUGGGUUCGAUUUCCAUAUUGCAAAACAAGCACAGGUGCACCCAGUCCCUGUCAGCUUUGGCAAGUUUACAGACUCUUUCGAUUCAGCAGCCAUUAUUCGAGCACUGGAGGAAGCAAUGGACAGCACCAGUAGCCCGGUAAAAGCGGUGGUGGUGACCAAUCCUCACAAUCCGCUGGGUCGCUGCUAUUCUGAGGACAACCUGUUUUCCUUUGCGAGAUUCUGUGGGCGCCGAGGACUGCAUUUUAUAUCCGAUGAGGUCUACGCACUAUCAAACUUCGGUUCCAAGGCUGCUCCUGGUGCCUCGCCCUUCGUAUCCGUCUUGUCACUAGAUUCAGUCCAAGCCGAAUGCAAACGUUCAAAAGUUCACGUUAUCUGGAGUAUGAGCAAGGACUUUGGGUGCAGUGGGAUACGGCUGUCCGCCCUCGUCUCUCAGAAGAACCCGGAAUUGCUCAAAACCCUGUCGUUUGCGGGAUGCCUGCAGAUUUCCAACCUUGCCACUUUGUCGGCAUUGGGCAUCCUUACAGCACCGCAACUGCCGCAGCUGAUCUCAACGAACAAAGACCGGCUAGCCGAGUCCUAUCAGAUAAUGACCACGUUUCUCGAGCAGAGAGCACUUGAGUACGUCCCCGCAACAGCGGGAUUGUACGUCUUUACCAAGCUUCUUCCAGCUAGUGAAGUGGGUGUAAGCGAAGCACGAUUAGCAGAGAUACUCAAGGCCACGGGUAUUGCCGUCGGCACUGGACAGGCCUACCAUGCGGGUGAUGCCGCCAGAGGAUGGUUCCGGCUUGUCUUCUCGAUGAGACCACAACACCUCCGAGACGCACUCAUCCAACUUGGGGUCGCGCUAGAUUUAGCAACGACGGCUGAAGAUCAAAACAUGUCAGGAAAUCGGCAGCUGAAAUUGAAAACGCGUCGGGACGUCGGAUGUCCAAGAAAGGAGCAGCAGACAAGUCGGGUCACCAAAAAGAAUAAAUCGAGAAUUCGGCAAGGCGAAUCAUGA